CAUCAUUGAUAUUAUCACCAUCUGCUGUUUGUCUUUUGGUAUGCAUUUAUAACCACAAUAUUGACAACAACGACGACAAGUGAUGACCAGAAAUUGUGGUUACAAUUGACUAUCAGUAGACUGUUAUUUGUUUGAGACGAUAACCACUAUAUUAUCAUCAAAUUUAAUGAAAGAUUUGAGUGAUAUUUGUAUUGACAAUCAUUAGGUGUAUAUAUAUAAGUGAAGAUCAAAUCAAACACACACUCAAAGACGACAAUGCAGUCACUGUUUAAUCCAUUGAACUCUAAGUCUGUAUUAAAGAUACUAUCAUUGUUUGGACAACAAAGUGGCUAUCGAUUGAUGAGAUCGAUGACAUCAUCGCAAAGAACGGAUUUAAGACAACCAAUUGAUUAUCACUUUAACUCAUUAUUGACUAACAAGAGAGACAGUGCACCUAAUUUGCCACAUAUUAGAUGUUAUGAAGACAUCUUUGAAUGUUUGAAAGCAGAGGACAAUUCUCUCAUCAGAACAUUAGAUGUCUGUCAAUGGGUUCAAGACAUUGAUAACAGAGAAAUUGAUAUUUCAACCAAUAAUCUCAAGUCUACACUACUGUCCACAAAAUACUUCACUACCGAAACAAUUGACCACUUUUUAAACGUUAAGUACGAAAACAUGGGUCCUCUUGAUGUGUUGUCUCAUGAUUUCUGUAUUACAGACGAUUUGAAAUAUUGUGAAGAAUUGGUAACUAAUUGUGAGUUAAUUAACGAUUUAGUGAUAUCUAUGAAUAGAAACUUUGAAUCAAAGAUUCGAAACGAAGACGAUGUAGUUGUCUAUUGUAGGACUAUAUUAAAACAUUUAAAGUUUGGAAUCUACGACAAGAAGACUAAAUGUCCGGUUAAUGAAGAAAUCAAGAAAAUUAAUCUCAAAUUUAAUAUAAUCGAAGACCAGAUAACAAAUGAAAUGAGUGGUAGACCUGAUAUUGUGGUCAAACAUAACUCCGGACUAAUUGGUGUUGUUUUCGAGUUGAAGUCAUUACAUAUUGGAGACCGUUUGGCGCUCACAAACAAAUCGUUUGCACAGUUAGUCGGAGGACUUGUCGCAUGUGUUAGUCAUAAUCAUCAACUGUUGUCUCAAUUAAAAAUUAGUAAAGAAUAUCAAAUACCUAUUUAUGCAAUUCUCGUCACAUCUAAUAUAUGGCACUUUUAUUCGGCAAAUGUGUCAAAAUGUUAUUUGACUGCAUUAUCUUCGAGACAAUUGAAUACAUUGAAUACCGACAGAUCAAGUAGUGAUCCGACUCUUGUUAUUAAUUAUUGGCAAAAGAAAAGUGGUUUGGAUUGGAAUGACUUAAACCAGAGAAGAAUAAUAUUAACAAAUUUGUUGUAUAUAAGAGACAUAACACGCAAAACAUUUAAUAUAUUUAACAAUAAUUUAAGUCAUAUAUAA